CUAAACUCUGGACUCCUUGUUUGGAUCAUGAAUUCAUUAUGUAAACUGGACUCCAAACAUGGUGCCCAUUAGUUCAAAUGAGAAUCGCUUGCGUUAACUAACAUCUUCAUUUAUUUCCAUGUUGUAUGUGGUUACCGUGACGAUCUACCCUGGUUAAAAGUGAGCCAUCUUCAUGAUACCCAAAAAGGUCAAGCUCAAACACUCAUCUUGCUUCAUCAUACAGGCCCCAGAACAUCAGAGUAUAUUUAGACCUGAAGCAUACAGCCUACCACACCAGACCACAACAGACCAGACCAGACCAGGUUGAGCCCAGUUACUAACCCCACCUCCCCUCCCCCAUUUCCCCCAAGCCUUGAAGGCUGCAUCCACCAGCGCUCAGCAAUCGUCUCAUUAAGCAGUAAUUUAUUGCGCUCAUUAGACAACAUCACACCACUGGGACCGGACAGGAGGCCCAGAGGUUCCCCCCACUUGAGCUCUAAGCUGUGCCUGGCGAUGCCUCAGGUAAAAGGAACAGAAGAACGGAAACGUUGCCGUCACUGGUACACACAGGUUGCCUACUGGACAGUUUUCAAAAGUCCUAGCGUCAGUGGGAUGGAGCCUCCCUUUGGGGACGCCUUUCAGAACUACUCGUUUGCUGACCAGGCCCUGACGAGCACUGAUCUGCUCGCCACCAGCUCUGACCCAGAUUUCAUGUAUGAACUUGUCAAACAGAGUCAGGGGACUGCUACUGGGCAUGUUGGCUCACUGGAAAGACUCUGCUACACUAAGGACAGAGAUAUGACCCACCGGCAGAGCCCCUGUGGGGACAGCAUGGUGGGGGUUGGCGAUGGAGGGAAGGAGGUGGAAGGUUGCGUGGAUCAGCUCAUGGGUCUGGGCGAGUGUGAGACGGUCUACAGCAGCUCAGCGUUUGAACAGUGGGACACCUACUGGGAAGACCUCACCAGAUACACACGGCUGGCCAGCUGUGACAUUUGGGGCACCAAAGAGGUCGAUUUCCUUGGAUUAGAUGAUUUCUCUAGUCCCUACCAGGAUGAGGAAGUGAUUGGUCAGACACCGACGUUGGCUCAGCUCAACAGCGAGGAUUCGCAGCCUGUGUGUGAAGCACUCUACCCCCCUGCUGACCUGACCCUGCCUGCCCCCCAGCCUCAGCUUCAGCCGUCCCAGUUUCCCGGUCACAGUAAGAGACCCCUGGUCCCUGGCCAAGGACUGGGCCCUGGCUCUGCACGGCCCUCCCCAAGCUCCACAUCCUCUUCCCGUCCCACCCGCAGCCUUCUCCCAGACUUUCCUGAAGGCUCCCAAAAAGCCACCAGACCUGUCGCCUCCAGCACCGAGACCAUGGCCAAGACCCAGACUCUCCUCAGUCUCACCCAGGACUACGGCCAAGCUCAAACCAAGCCCCAGGGGCGAGGAACGAAGAUGGCGGCCCCAACUUCUCAUAGCGCCGACUUUGUGCGUAAAGCCAAAGUCCGUGUGAGUGCUGUGCAGAAAACUCAGCCCGACAAGCCCAUCCAGACACAUUUUGAGAGGUCAGAUCCCCCUGUCUCCCAGCCCCAAGACGAGAAGGCCUCCACUUCGGUGGGACUUCCUGCUGCUGCUGCAGCCAGUGGCUCUAACAGUCUGUUGAGUUUUGAGAAGAGGGCAGAGGUCACAGUGAAGAGGGAGAUGCCUGUAGGCUGGUCUGCUGCCGUGCCUCAGCUUGUUGAGGCGAGCCAGGCCCUGGAGGGCAGCACCUCUGGGCUCGUGAGCGGCGGCGAUAGCGUGGCGGGGGCUAGUGGUGGCGUUCUUGUUGUCGAGGGCACGGAGAAGAGCAAGGAGGAAGAACACAACUACUCUCUGUUCCUGACCCGCAGCAGACUGGCCGGCAGAGCCCAAUCCCAGCUGGAAGAGGAUGAGGAGGAGGACGAGGAGGAGGCGGAGGAAGAGGAGGAGGAAGGGGAUGUGUUGGAGCUAGAUGACGAAGACCACGAUGAGGGUUUCGGCAGCGAGCAUGAGCUGUCCGAAAAUGAGGAAGAAGAGGAUGAGGAGGAGGAUGAAGACUACGAGGCAGACAAGGACGACGACAUGAGUGAUGCCUUCUCAGAGCCAGGCUGCGACAUGGAGCUGAUGGAGGACAUUAAAGGCCUGACAGCAGGAGUCUCCAGCCGGAAGAGAGGCAAGCGUCGCUACUUCUGGGAGUACAGCGAGCAGCUCACCCCCUCCAAACAGGAACGUAUGCUUAAGCCAUCUGAGUGGGACAGACACACGCUGCCUAGCAACCUGUACCAGAAGAACGGGCCUCUCCAUGGAAAGUAUAUGCUGAAGAAGUCUCGCCGCACAGACGUUGAAGACCUUACUCCGAAUCCGCGCAAGCUGCUGCAGAUCGGCACCGAGCUCCGCAAACUGAACAAGGUGAUCAGCGACCUGACCCCUGUGAGUGAGCUGCCGCUGACCGCACGACCUCGGUCCCGCAAGGAGAAGAACAAGCUGGCAUCCAGAGCUUGCCGUUUAAAAAAGAAGGCCCAGUAUGAAGCAAACAAGGUGAAGCUCUGGGGACUGAGCACAGAAUACGAUCGGCUGCUGUUUGUGAUCAAUACCAUUAAGGAGGAGAUCGUGGCCCGAGUGGAGGACUCUUCUCCGCGUCCAACCAACAUGACUGACACUCUGGAGCAUCUCAUCCAGGAGACACUUGUGGCAUCACCUGUUGCUGGGCAGACUUCGGACUUCGUCAACAAGAUCUUGGAUAACACAGGGCGCGGCGAUCCCACCGGCGGACUGGUCGGCCUGCGAGUCCCCACCUCCAAAAUCUAGACAAACCGCAAUCCACUGAAAGGAGUGGACCAAAUAAUACCACCGUGCUGUCCCAUUGUAACUAUGCUCCCCUCUGCAUGCCCCUCCAACCCAGAGUACAUACACAUUGUUAGUCACACAAACACACAUACCACUCCCUGUGUGUAUGUAUGUGUGCUUGUUUUAGCCAUGCACCUGUAUGGCGUACACCCUAGCUUUCUGUCUCUGCACACCGUGCGAGUCAGUGCGUCACUGUCUCCCAACCCAUUGUGAGCGUAUGUUGGGAAAAGCGCCUCUAAAAGCAAGGGAUGGUUAGGUGUACAGCUAAUAGCACGUUCUAAAUCCACUGGUGAUUAUUAGAUGUGUUUAACAUAGCAUUGUGUAGGGUCGGUUCUGUUGAAGAUCUGCUUCUAGGGCUGAGAUGGAGACAGUCACACGAGUGUAACCACUGGAAUACUUUCACACAAUUUUUUUGAGGUUGAAACGACAGAGGAAGAAUUGUUACACGUCUGACACCAUCAAAGGUUGAAAAAGUUCCAGUUAUCAUUUCCUACAAGAGGUUUACCUCACAUGGCAACAAAAAACAACAACUCCAGGAUGUGAAAUUGACCCACACAAGUAAAGUACUUCGAUAAAAAAACUGCUUUGGUUGCCAAAACAGCUGCAGAGAAAAAAAAAAGCGGCAUGCUCCGAGGCGUUUUCGGGGUGGCAGGAAAUAUUUUGUAUUGAAGGCCUCAAUAUGUUCAUGCCAUCCCAUGUUUGCCAAUCAGGUCAGCUGGUGUUAAAAUAUAGGAGUUAACUUUUAGCAAAUUAAAGCUCAAAACAAAAAAGUAGUAGAAGCUGAAAGUUUGAAUGAGACUUAAAUGAGACUUUAAUGAUUAAGCGACAGACAUCCUGCUGGGUUGAAGUUUUCUACGGGCAGGAGGAAGCUUAAUGGCUUAAUCCUGACGACGUUAACUUAAACAACAGGAAAUAGUUGACCAUGCGGAGAGGAAGUGCAUGUAGUUUGGUGCUUUUUGGCCUUGUGCUGGUUAUAACUGGACUGGGUGAAACGGGGCAUUUUGCCAGUAUGGUAGCGGAUUGUGAGGAAGAUGAUGGUGGUGAUGUUGAAGAUGAUAUAAACAGUGAUCCAUCUCCUCUAGGAAACUGUACAUAAACGUGUCUCCCAGUGAAAAACGGCACCGGCUACCCUUUUUGUACAGUAGAGAUGACCAGGCUAACAGUUUGGUGUGUUCAUACUAGUGUUUGAUCAGAGUUCUAUUCAUUGUGCCUUGUGUAUGUAUGUGUGUGUUUCUGUAGGUCUGAGUGAGUGAGUGAGUGAGUGAGUGAGUGUGUGUGUGUGUGUGUGUGUGUGUGUGUGUGUGUGUGUGUGUGUGUGUGUGUGUGUGUGAGAGAGAGAGAGAGAGAGAGAGGGAGAGAGAGGGAGGGACUGAAUGAGAAGAGGUGAUUGGUCUGAACUCCCUGAGGUCCAGCCAAGGAAAGGACUACUUUACACUGAGGGAGAUAGUUAGUGAAUGUGAGGAGGGUGACACGUGGGGGAGUAUGUUGUGUAUUUCAGUUGUCUAAAGAUAUUCUGAAUGUACAUAAAAGAAAUGGAAGCUCUCGUUGCGUGAUGCCACAGAGUCUGUGUAUAUAGGAGGGCUCUGCAAUAGAUUACUUUUGGUUUUUGGUACUCUUGUCUUUAGGGAUUUUGGGGGUGGGGUAACAGAUAUUUUUCGUUUAGAGUUACAAAAAAAUAUUUGCACACUAUAUUUUGAUUGUUUUUUGUACCAAAGACACAUGCAACGAAAUGGCGACCAGCCAGUUAAAGUAAGGUUUUGCACAGCUUACCUGACGCCGUAUUGAAUGUAAGAAAUGUGGGAGGGUCAGGGAACUUCAUUGAACUGUGAAAUUAGCUUGGGUCCAAUUCUGUACAGAAAAGGAACAUUCAUUCAUUUUCUUUCUUCCUUUUUUUUUUUUUACGGAAAAAUUAACCCCAUCUAUGGGCUUCUCCAGUAGAUUUGUUGCUUAGCAAGCACUUCAUUCCUGGACUGAUUCCUCCCUCCACAUGCUAAUUAUGUUAAUGGCGCUAUCUAGGACAAAAAACCAAGAGCGCUAGUAGAUAAGCUAUGUUACAUUUUUGCUUGUUUGUCAAAAUGUCACCAACAAUAACCAAAAUGUUUUGUUCUUGUGUCACUUGAUUUCUGUAUGUAGACGAGGUCUAGUUCAUCAACAAAAUAUUAACUAAAUUGUGUUUUAAAGUACUGUAUAUAGAAAUAUCUAUCAAUGGUGAAAUGCCACUUUUCAUGACAAUUGAUUCAUUUUUAAGCAUGACACAUUUCUAAAGCCUAUCCUUGCAUCGAGAAAGUUAGAGGAAAAAACACAAAAACCAAAAAAAAAGGUUCUUGUUAUAUUUUUGUACUUUAGCUGCCUGCAAGCUUUCCUAUUGGUUUGGAAGUAUUUGUUGAUCAGAUUCUCCAAGUGGAGACAAGGAGAUGUGGAGGAAAAGAGGAAAAAGGUCUUAACGAGCAGCCAGUCAAAUCCGAUAGUUUGAUAUAUAAACCGACACUUUACCCCUCUGGUCUCCUUGGAGUUAAAUGACAGAGAAUCAGGACUGGAUUUAUUUAAAACAUAAUGCAGUAAAGCCAUGGUCUAGUUUGAAUGCUCUAUAAAGAGAAUGAGGACAUGCUGUCUGUAGCGAGGACAGGGACGUGUCCAGGAAAGCGAGACACUCAGAGGACAACAGCGUGGAGAAUGUGAGGGCAGAUGAGGAACCAGCUGCAGUGUUUUAACAGAUGCUGUAAGAAAGCCAAAGCCAUCAUAUUUUUGUCCCAGAUGAUCUGGAUUCAGCACUGUGCAUCGUUAGAUAGAUUUUUCACGUGUAUUCCCUCUUAAACCUGUCGAAUUGAAGUCGGUUGAAUUUUGAAUUUCUUGGGAUUGGCAUUGCUGCCUUUUGAGGUUGCAUUGCUGAAUUUAAUCUGCCUGGCCUUGCUUUCGGUCCUUUACACCCUUCCGGACUCGUCACAGCUGCAAAGACAUGACUUUGUUUACCAAAACACACACACACACAUUUACAAUGUCCAGGCAACAAAUUGGCAACGUGUCCAACCUUUAAAAAAAAAAGUAAUGCAUGAUGCCUGUAUGCUUGCCUCCCCGCUGCUGCCAUUCUUAGGAAUUUUGAGAUUCGACCAGAAUUUGUUCGAUUAGCAGGUAAAAUCCAAACGACUGCAUGUUUUGACAAGGCUGAAUUCAGAAAGUACUCCUUCACAGAAUGAACUCUGAUGUCUGAUGAUGGUGAUGCAGAGCUGUGGUCUUUCUGUAUCGUGUGAUUGAAUAACAGCUAGUGCUAAAUAUAUAUAUAUAUAUUUUUACUGUUUUCUGUUCCGUCUAAAAAGGGAGAAAUGGUGCUUUUUUCUGAAACUAGAAUGAUGAGUAUCCAUGAUUCUUAUUUGACUUUUUAGUCUAGUUGUAGCCUAAUGACUUGCUCUCCCCUACCGUCCAUAGCUAUUUUCUUAGUAGUGAUUCAUUUUUGUAAAUAGACUAUAAGUUAAUAUGUAUCUUCUAAAUGUUAGAUAUAUGUAUAGAAUACUCUAUCUUAUAUGUUUGAAAACAAAAGCACUUUGUCCAAAAAAGGAAAAAAAAAAAAAAAAAAAAACAAAACAAAAAGAAAAGAAAAGCAUUUUUUUUCUUCCAUUUGCUGCUAAAAAGGCCUGGUGUGAAUGCUGCAAGUGUACUUGACGACUACUUGCUAGAAUAGGUCUAUUACCUGACUUGUCUAGGUCUAUAAACUAGCGAGGAAUAGGUGUACGGCCUGGCGAGGGUUCGAUCUACAUGUUUCUGGAGCCAUGUGAUGAUAUGAGGUGUUGUCUGAGAGCGUAUCAUUGCUUGGCUUUGGGAAGCCCAGUGUCUUGACAGGAUAGGUAUAUUUCCUGGUCAGGGGAUAGGGUGUUUGUGGUCUUAAAAAAAAAAGAGGGUUUUGAUUCCAGGGCCCCUACAUUGAUCCUGAUGCUGACCCCCUUGGCGUCAUGAUUCAUUUGCCUUCAGUAGAGGUUUCCUAUGGAAAAACUGAUUCUGCUUUGGCUUCCUCUUCAGGGUGAUGUACAGUGUAGACACAUUUCUCCAGAGAGCUAUAUUGUUAUCAUUUGUAAACUGAUUUCUACUUGUGACUUAAUGAGGAGGGGUUUAGCCUGGGGCGGCCAGGAAGAGCCCGUUUGAAAGAUGUUGUUCCGGGCCGCCUUGGGGGAAGUUACUAUAUCACUGUACUGUAUGGCAAGCCAAUUACAAAUGGAGACUCAAUCCGGACACUUAUUGCCUUCUUAAAUAACUUGUCACAUACACACAAACAAAAAUAACAUGGCAACAACGUGUCAGUUUCCAAAGGGGUCUGCCCGAUGGUUUCUGACAUUGUUGCCAAUAUACGGUCAACAACAACAACAACAACAACAACAAAACCAUCAGCCUGAUUAGCUCAAAACAACCUUGACUGAAGAAACAGACGUGGUGAAAUAUGUCUGAAGAAUGGCUUCAAAGAUUUGAACUACUUGUACUCAGCUGUGUCUUUUGGGACAAUAUUUGAAGCAUUUUUUCAGCUACAGUUUUGCCCAGGUCUGUUAGGGGGUCAACAGUGGUUAAAGGGCCGCUGGUUGAUGGACCGUAGAUCGGCUCAGCGGUGCGGCCGACAAGAGAAGUGUGUGUGUUUUGUUGUCGAUCACAAGGCUGGUUCAAGAAAGAGUCCUCACAGGUUUUUACAUUUAACAUGAUAGGCGCAAGCUGUGCAACUUUACAUUCAAACCAGGAGACUCUGUGGCAUUUUAACAGUCAAGGAGUGAGUGAAAAUCCACGCCAGUAAAACUAUUCCUUAUUCUUUUUUAUUUCUGAUGACAUAAAUCCUAUACAGUCAACUAUUAAGCUAAUAGAGUGUGUAACUUUGUGCUACUCUUGUCCAAUAAAAGCUAAGUGGUUCCAUAAAGCUCUUCUUCAGCAAAUCAGGGUAAUAUCGUUCUUCUAUCUGACAUAUGUGAUGACAUAUAAAAUCAAAAGAAAAUAUAUUUAUGUAUUCCAAUUAUUGUCGCCAUUCUUUACUCUGUACAAAUAUUUUGUGUGUGCGUGCGUGCGUGCGUGUGUGUGUGUGUGUGUGUUAUGAAUUAUCAAUGUCAAUCAAUAUAGUGCAAUGCUCUACACAAACUGAAAACAAAAGGCCAACAGACUUGUCACAAAGAAUUCACAAAGAUUCUCCAAAUCGGCGUUCGAACAUACGACAACAUACAUACAACAUUCUCCUCUCACGAAAGGAUCUGACUCUGAUUUCCAGCCGUGAUCCAACUUCGGGUUUGUCACAUGGUGCUGAUAACUAUCCACUAUCCCAGAAAUAAAUCCAUGAAUUAAAAUGGCAUUUGCAUUCAAAUAUACUCACAAAUAACCAUUUCAUUUGGUUAUUGUUCCCAAUAACUCUCAUCAGACCAGACCUCCCUGUUGGACCAAUCAGAGGAAGAUUCUCACACUGAUUCUUGCUCUAAACAACAAAACAAUUGUGAUUUCUGUAUUAUUGAUCUGUAUGAUCAUUAUUAUUGAGCAUACCGUUAUUUAUUUUGUAAAAGUCAGACUCUUGGAUUUGAUACCACUGCCCAAACUCAAAGAUGAUCUUCAUUCCAUUUGAGAGGUACAAAAUAUUCCCCAGAACUGCUAAAUAAAUACACAUAAUUGGUGGUGUUAUAUUGAUUUAAAUACCAAGUGGAGUUUCCUCAUGAUGUUAACGCGAAGAAAUAAUUUGAUUGCAAUGCAACAUAUUGGUUUAAAUUAAUCUUGUGUAUUCAAGAGCUAUCUCAAGAGGAAAUACUCUGCAGUGCUUUGUUUAUUGUUUCUGUAAUUUUGGAAUAAUUUCCAAGAAGUUUCCUUGAAAGAAUUAUGCAAUUAAUAGCAAAAAAGGGGAAAUUGAUAAUAAUGAUACACUUCCAGUUAAUCAAUUGUAUUUUUAAUCUGUACUAAACAGGUCAGCUGAAGAUGCCAAAAAAUUGAAAUUUGUCUACAAGCAAACAUAUAAUUCACAUUUAUGGAGAACAACUAUUUACUUACUUUAUUUAUUUAUUUAGGUUUAAAGCUGCACUUAUCAAUAUUCUGUAUAAAAAAUGAUAAAUUCACUGCAUGUAAAGUGAAAGGUGCUGCUCGGUGUAAUGAACACACAGAAUUAAGUAAGACUUUGCAGUUCCCCUCAGCUCUACUGAGCGUUUUAGCAUCUUUCAGCUCUUUGUGGCCGCCAUUUUUACUGUUUCGGUUCAGUCUAAUGACUCAACAACAGGCAGUUGUUUUCUAGGAACAAGCUCUAAAACUAACCCCACUGUGCACUAGCCGUGCAGCACCAACGGCAGACAGACACAGUUAGAAACUAGUUGGUGAACCCAGUGGAGCAUUUACUCACAGGAGCUGGUGGAGACCAAAAACAGAGCUAGAAGAAGAGUGACUAUUGGACAAAACAAGACUCCAAACGAAUGCUAACGUCUUUAUAAGUGAAAGUAUGUCAGUGUUGCGUUUGCAGAUUGUUGUAGCUGUAACGGAGCAGUUCAAGCAUAUUCCUAUUUUCCCUAUGAUUUUUUUUACCAAAAUACAGACCAUAGUUGUUUCCAAGAAACUUCUUAGCGGUUUGUUUGCAAAUGAUGUAAUUGAAAGAUAAGAAUAUUCUUGUCUCAAUAAAUUGGGUUUUUUAAAUAAAUAGAAAUGACCUCCUGUUGGCCGUGAUGUCAGAUCUCAGAGUCUGCCUUUGAGCUUCUUUUGAGGCAUUUAAAUUGUUUCCUGUCUUGUUUGAACCCAUGUGGGCUGCCCCCCCUCGCUUGUAAAUACACCUCAUCUUCAGAGGCUGUAUGCUUACCACCCUCCACACUUUUCCCUGUGUAAACUAGAUACAUACAGAAAUGUACUGAAAUGCAGUGGGAAUGAUGUUUUCUGCAUGCCGAUUCCCCGCAUAGCACUGAGAGAAUCAAGUGACGUCUGGAGUUCUUCGUAGAUUGGGAAAUAAUUUGGCCAAUCAUCAGAAAGUGUCUCCAUCGUCACAAAGUUUGGUCACUGUACUCUCAGUUGAAUGAUUUCAUACUUGCUGCUAUUAAAUGAGCACAAACAGAUUUUCGAUUUUUGGUUUAGAGUGUCCACGACACAAUUAACAGUAUAUUGUUAACACACACCCCGUUUGUUUUAUUCCACACCUUUUUCCUACAACAGUCGGAAAAAAAACCAACAGUGUUACUCAACUUGCACUUGGUUUUUACAUUUACAAGGAGAAAAAAAUAACAAUACUUUGAAUAUGAUGCCUGCUGAACCAGGUGCCUUAAUCAAAUAUAUGAGAACACAAAUCUGCACCUUCUGUCAGUCUGGAGGGGGUUUCCCUACAGAAACAAGGGGCUGGGUUUCCCAAAACAUAAAGUACCUAAAUGAAAUGUAAACCUCAUUUUAAACCCCAAAUAAAUGCUUUUUUGUACAAGAAUCCGCCUUUAACAGCCGAUAAGUUUGUCAUGUAUGGACAGAAAGAAUUUCCCUUUUAAAGCAUUACUUAAGAAGAGCAUAAAUGACAACUUGUGAACUGAAUUGAUGCUGUUUUGGGAAACCUGGUUCUGUUUUUAACUCUUUCUCUGCCCACUACGCCACGUUAUUGUGUUUUCUGUAUUGGCUGCUGCUGCUAUCACCGCUGGUGUGUCCGUGUAGAGAAGAGCAAACUUCCACUGUGUCUGAGGCAGAGGGAGACCUGGGCCUGCUUUUUACCUUGUCAAUUACAAUGUAUUCUUCUUCUUCUUCAGUGGUUUUGACAUGGAGCACUGUGUUGCUGCCUCUUGACCUUUUUGAGAAAGAAAAAACAAAAAAAACAAAAACAAAAAAGCAUAAAACAGAACAUUUCCGUUUCUUAACUUUGCUAAUAUGAAGUGCCAGACCCUCCUUGAAGUCAGUGUUGGCACUGAGUCGCUGGUUGCGAAUGAAGCGACAAACUGAGCAUGGAGGUAAACUGUGGUGCUAAUCUGUCUGUGGCUGGGUGCUAACAUGGCUGUGUUAAAAUAAGCUGUAUUAGCCAUAUUAUUCCUUCUGUUGAUGACUCUGGUCAAUCUCGUGUUUCUGACUGCUGCACUGCUGUAUGCUGACAUAGCGAGGUAUAACUCUGCUGCUGCUGCUUUGCUGAUGAAUGUAGACUAGUCUUCCUCAGCAGGAUCAUACAGACAGAUGUGAGUGUCUGGUGGAGCUUUUUUCCUGUUGUUCUGCUUCCUGUUAGACAUUGUUUGGAACACAGAGGGAGACUCUUGUCGUCAGGAUCCAGAAAGAUCAUGAAUGUUGUAUCUUUAAUGGCCGCUGUCCUGCUUAUGUGUUUAAACCUUUUUUUUAUUUUUUAAAGUAAUAUUAUGGUUUGAUAUUUAUGCUCUGACUCUGUCAAAAGUUUGCACGUUUGAAUUUUCUUUUCCUAAAUUAUAUUUGAAUGCCUUUUUCCCUGAUCCCAGUGUUUAUACCAUUUAUAUGAUAUUUAUUUGUUUCGUCCUAUAAAUUAACAUGUAAGCAGACAAUUUGUUGAAACUAGACUUUAUAGCUUUCCACUGAAGCAGGCUUUACCCGGAGUCAGAGACUUCACAGGCAUGAAUCAAAGUCACAAUGAAACCAGAAAUUACUUUUCUUACAUAUUUUUUUAUUUACAUUUAAUUUUACAUAAAUGUACAUAAAUUAUUUACUUAUAGGUGUCAUAUUGCCUCAUCAAGUACCAUAAAUACUAUUUUUGUACAAUCCUGCCUCUGCGUUCUGGAGAUAUAAAUGGUUAAAAAGACAAUCAUUAAUUAAAUAUGAAUUAAACAGUAAAGAACCCACCAAUAAACAGAUUGUAAGACAAUGUUGUUUGACAAUAAAAAGUCAGAUUAGUAAAGUAGAAACCAACUAAAACAAAAGAAUUUCAAAUAAAAAGAAGAGUGCAGAAAUUAAAAUGGAUAUGACCCGUGUUACUUCUGCUAACGACACACAUCAAAGACAGCACUGUCUCUUGUCCUCAGAGGAAUAUAAAAUUUGACCAUUUUAGUAAAUGCGCUUACUCGUUUUCUAGCUGAGAGUUGGAUGAGAACAUCAAUCAUAUCUGUACUUUAAAUAUGACGCUACAGUCAGCAGCUGGUUAGCUUAGCACAAAUACUGGAAAAAGGGGAAACAACAAGCCUGACUGUCCAAAGUUCAACAGCAUCCACCUACCAGUACCUCUAAAGCUCACUGAUGAACAUGUUAUAUAUUGUUUUAUUUGUUUAAUUAGCACAAAAUAAAACUGUAGAAACAAAUCAUUUGGCAGAGGUUAAUGCGCCAGACUAUUUCUUGGCACGGGGCAGUGACUUCCUGAAGUUGUGAGACUCCAGUUGUUGGCUGUGAUUCACACAAAGAGCAAAAAUGAACAAGGGAUUUAGUCAUUUUCUCUAGUGUGAAGGGAGAUAUUUACAGAUUUGUGUGGAUUAAUCUUCUGAAAGUAACACGUAGACUUUUUCACCAGAUUCAUCCAUUAAAAAAAAUACAAUUUUCCAUUAAAAAAAAAACAUUUAAAAGAUGAUACACUCGAAAAUAUGACACAUAGUGGCUGUAGUUAUUUCUGUCUGUUUUUACCUUCCUGUUCUUCAGUAUCUUAUUACUUUAUACUUUUUCUGCAGCUUCAUUGUGACUUUGAGCCAUCGUCGUCUGUGAAGCCCAUGAAGGGUUCUGUCAUUGGAGGUUUCAGGCUCCGGGCUCAUUGAGUCUGCGGAGCACCUCGCCUUGACACAACUCUUCUUUUGUCAAGACUCUGGACUGAGGAUCAGGUGCUCCAUGGCCUCGGAGCUCAGGUUAGGAGUUGGCUUGCCUUCUCUCUCUAACUUUGGUGGGUGAAUUUUGAAAAAAUUUGCUCAGUUUUCUGGGAAAACUUCACUGCGCCAGGGAUGUUUUGCCCCCUUCUGGGUGCUUUUUUUAUGUUUCAGAAGGGCUUUGGUUCGCAGUUGUCUUGUCAGGGAGUUCCUGAGAUUAGCCAGGGGUCACUAAAGGCUGGUGGGCAGAGACCCCUCCCCCUUCCCUGCAAAGAAUGACGAGGGGGGAUUCGUUUCCUCUUCUGCAGACUGACUCUUCUGCAGAAAAUGACAAAAACUAAAAAAAAAAAAAAUCCUCUUUCCAAAUCUACACAUGUCCAACUCAUCCAACACUGCAAUGAUUUACAUCUCCCUCCAGACUUGCCAAAAUGCAUGGAGCGAGAGACAUUUAACAAGAAAAAUGUUUAUCCUAAAGCAUCUAUUCUGCUUCUUUUUUUUUUUUCUUUCUUUCAAUUUUGAUAAUAACAACAAACAGUAACAGACAAUUUUAUAGGAAAUCCAUACAAGUCCAAACAUGUAGAGGAUGUGGGAGGUAUCGGUCAUCCUGAGCUCCACAGCUACAUGCCAUUGUUAUGAUGCUUCUGGUCUUGUAUGGUAACUUAUUUGAUUAGAUCAACAGCAUGGGAUCUUUCUGUAGUUAGUCCUGUGUGUGUUCCUCUCCCCAGUCUCAGUAGGAAGGCUGUACUUCAUUGCUAAGUGCUCUACAAUAGAUCUCUUGGUGAUUAUAAUUUCAUAAAGAAGCAAAACCUGCAGAAAGUGUAUCCUGCUGAAACUAACUUGAUCCUCUCUUUAGCAAUGACGUCUAUAUUUGUAGUUCACAUAUAUGCCUGUUCGAAUACAAUAUCUUGACAGUUGUUAUAUUUAUGUUGUGUAAUAAAUGUUGUGCUGGGUUUGUACUUUUUGUUUUAUCUAACUUUUUCUUUUCGUUUUACAUUGUAUUUUUUUUUUCUUUCUUCGAGGCACAGUGGGUGGCUUUAUGCACAGGCAUGGAAAUCUAAAAGAUGUUUUUGUUUUUUUGUUUGUACUGUAACAACUCAUUCUGUUUCAGAGCUUCUGACAGUUUUUGUCUCUGGCUGCUCGACAUCCUGCGGACACCUGCCCUGAAUCUCUGUUGUGUUAUUGUGCCUCUCUCUUUUUCUUUCUUUCUUUCUUAUUUUCUUUUUUUUUUUUAAAUCAUUCUUUCUGUGUCGUAUCAGCCGGGAGUUGGUACCACAGCUCUGCUUGUAACCACAAUAGUCUGAUUAUGUUUAUUGAUUUUAAUAUCAAAAUAAUAAAACCAUUAGCACCCCA